UGCUAUAAAAAGUCUGGUUGAACUCUUCCAACCGCCGCAUUCGCACUCUCAGAGUGUGCGAGUGUUUUAACACAACAUGAUCAAGCUCAUUCCUUUUCAAGUGUUGGUGGUGAUCGUGUUUUGUGCCCUACUACAAGCGUCCGGAGAAGAGGAAUCGAAGCCCUACCAGUUUGGAUUCAAUCUUGGGACUCAACACAGGGAAGAAAGAAAAGACGCCAAUGGAAUCGUCAUUGGAGAGUACGGAUUCUUAACGGCUGACGGUUACUACCAGACGGUAAUGUACGCCACGGAUAAGGAGGGCAGGUUCCUCAUCACGGGUCGCAAACGCGUUCGUGUCACUCCACCCAAACCUAGACCAGAGGUAGAGGGACGACAAGGUCGAGAAAAUUCCGAUUUUCCCACUACGACCACAACAACUACGACAGAACGCAGCAAGAUUUAUCAAUUCAACUACACCGCCCUUCAACACGGCAGACAAGAAAUGGGUUUCAGCGACAGUAGUAAAACGGGCGACUACUACUGGGAUGGACCGGACGGAUACCGACGGAUCAUUACAUACAAUGCCGAAGAUGGCAAAGGUUAUAGACCAACCAUCAAACAAGUGAAACUACCGAUUCAGUAGUUACCGAAUUCAACACUGGUUCACAAUAUGUUUGCUUCAGUUUUAAACACGUCUGGCCCUGUUCUGUUAAUAACUAUAAAUACACACUGCUCAUUUGUUCUUAUAA